AUUUCAGUGCUGAAUGCAGCAACGAUGAAUAGCAACUAAAUUGUUAAUGCCAUAUGAUCUGGAUACGGAUCGUCAGGAAGACACCACAGUAUGUGGGACGAUACUGCUCUGGGCAGUGAAAAUUCCAAAUAACUAAAUAAUAGAAACCAGCAUUGCAGUUGCUCUUUGGAUGUGCAGUAUUCAUAUAAUACGCUACAAGGAUGACACAGAUUCGUUAAUUCUCAGCUUAUCAGCGUUGAUCUCAGGAACUGAGGUGGUUCUCAAGAUCGCCGGAAUGGUUUUGAACCGCACGAAAGGCGCUCGACUUAUUGCUACGGCUUUAAAUGAUAAAAGUUAUGAUGAUGGACCAAUGGAAAGAUUCGUUUUUCUGAAAUAUCACAAAAUGUGCAGGAAAUUCAUGCUAAUAACAUUUUUUUCGUAUCCCUUCACGGGGAUAAUGCUUUUGUCUUAUCCUGUCAUUGCUGGAAAAUUGGAUGAAUACAUGCUGCCUGUUGGUUACUCGAUCCCGUACAUAAGUUAUAAACAAGAGCCCUGGUACGCAAUAAACUACUGCAUGAUCAUUGUUCAGGGUGUAUGGCUUGCUCUAGCAUUCAUAGGUCUUGAUGGCCCUUUCUACAUUUACCUCUGUUAUUCUACGUGUAAGUUAGAGAUUCUUAAAAAUUACGUUGAUCAAAUUGGUAAAUCGGAUAACAUUGAAGACCAACGCAACCUAAUGCGAAAAAUUAUCGCCAUUCAUACAGAUGUACUAACAUUCCUAAAAGAAUGUUCAAGCUACUACCAGGACAUCUAUUUAGGUCAGGUGUUAUGUUCAAUUGGGCACAUUUGUAUGUCACUUUUUCACAUACAGCUGAAAUUCAAAAAUAGCUCUUACGGCAUGUUGGCUACGAACGUGGUCAAGAUGUGGAUUUUCUGUUUUUGUGGAGAACUCGUUGUUACCAAAUCAAACCAGCUAUCGACAGCAAUGUACAACAAUCGGUGGUAUAGACUUUGGCGCAACCAGGAUCUUAAAGCGAUUCAGUUCAUUCUGGCAAACACCCAAACGACGGUUGGUUUUUCGGUUGGAGGAUUUGGAACAUUAUCAUACCAAACAUUCACCGUGAUUAUGAAAACUGCGUACAGCUGCAAUGCUUUUCUUCACAAUAUGAUGAAAUAAAGAGUUUGCUAUUUCCCACAGUAGUCAAACAGUGUAGCGAUUCUAGAAUACAGUUAAGACUUUUUAGUGUUCCUUGAAAUAACCUACGAUCGUUAACUUUAACUAACUAUAAAUAACUAACUACUAUAACGACUGCAGCUUUGACACUGAGCAGGAGCACUAAGCUAACAACUUACU